GUUCAAUUCCCCCCAAGUUCCGUGGACGGCUCCACCUGAGGCUUGACGCGAGCACGAUUGUCAGGCAUUCCGACUUUACGUUGAACCCCACGAAAAUAACGGAACACAGCCCCUCGACUCGCACCUCAGGUCUCGCUACGGCUGACCGCUCCCGACCGCCGUCGUCGAUUCGGCCAGCCGACCGACCAACCGAGCAGUAGCCAUCCAGCCAGCCGAGCAGCAAAGCAAGCAGCCAACAGCCAGCCCUCCUCCCUCUAGCUGUUGUCCCAAGCUGAGUGUUUUAGUUCUCAGUGGUUCGAGUGGGUACGGGAAAAGCGUCGCUCCGAUACAGCUCGCUGUAGUUGGGCUUUCCAGAGGAAAAAGCUUCGUGCGGGAAGCUCAGCCAGAUACUUGGACUGAGGAAAGCAAGCAAAGGAGCCAGGAGAUCUCGUCGGACCAAAACAACUAUCCGCACGAACAUCGUACAGAUACAUACCGGGAAGGUGGCCGAACCAUUAUUUCGUGACAUCCAGGCUACGGUAACAUCGCAGGAAGACACUUCGGAAAGGACGCGAACGACAGAAUGGCGGAAACCACGAGAAAAACGUUCCUGUUCUGUGAUCUGUACGACAAGAAGUUCGAAUCGGAUAUUUAUUUGGCUCGAUUGAAGAAAACUCCUGGUGAAAAGGUUCAUGUCUGUACCGGUUGCAAUGCUGCUUUUAAUCAAAAAUCUCAUUUGGCUGCCCAUCAGCGAACACAUACGGGUGAGAAACCCCACUCCUGCAUAAAGUGCGGAGCUGCAUUUACCCUGAAAGCUUCCCUGAGACGACAUGAGAUCACCCACAAUGGAGAGAAGCCUUACUCUUGCAUCGAAUGCGGAGCAUCGUUCACUCGGGAGUACAACUUGAAACGACACAAACACACUCACACCGAGAAGAAGUUUUAUUUCUGUAACCAAUGCGGCGGCGCGUUCACCAAAGAAUCGGGUUUGAAGAAACAUAAACUCACCCACACAGGGACGAAACCCCAUGUUUGUAUCCAGUGCGGCGCCGCGUUCACCGAGAAGGGAACUCUGCGCCGUCAUGAAGUGAUCCACACUGGGGUAAAGCCCUACACUUGUCUACAGUGUGGUCGUGCGUUUACUCAGAAGUCGAGUUUGGAGCAACACAAACUCAUUCACACUGGUCAGAAACCCUAUAUAUGUAUUGAAUGUGGAGCCGCGUUUGCUACACGAAAAUAUCUGAAGCAACAUGAACGCAUUCAUAAAGGCAAGACUUUCCAAUUGUAACCAGGGUGGCGUCGCGUUCAAUCAAAAGCCUAGUUUAGGAGAAUCAUCCAUCUGUUGAAAGCCCCUCAUGAUGCUGGAUUUUUUCGUCAUAGAUGCAGUCAAGUAAUAUAACUCGAGUAGAACUUUGCAAGAAGCAGCGAGCGGCCAGGAAAAGACAUAGAAAGCUGUCCGUUCGACAUCAAGCUCGAUCGAGCGCCGAGUCCAUCGAGCCGGGAU